AGUACCAACCAAUUUAUUUUAAAUUUUUAGAAUUUAUUUCUAUUUUCUUAUUUUGCCUUAUGGAUUCGAGGCAUCUCCAUGGGAGUCCAGAGAAAGCUCCGUGGAUUCAUAUUAGUUAUCCGCUUAGGAAGACGGUGAUCGAGCUCAUCAUGUUCAUCCCUAUGUCAGCUACCACAGGGAAGAUAUCCUAACAUGGCCCACCCAAUGAUCAGACCUGUUAAAAAGAGAAACCCAGGGACGAUUGAGAAAAAAAAUGGUCCCUAAUAUGAGAAAUCAAGAUCCUCCAAUCAGGGCAAUUUUUGGAGCGAGUUCCAUCCAAUUGGGCCAAUGGCCUAGAUCACCGAACCAUGGCCCCCACUUGCCACAGUGCAAAGAUGUGGGCCCCGCAAAUCGCUCCAUCAACUCACCCUUUUAAAAAAGAAAAAAAAAAACAAAAGGAAUUUUCACAUUUGCUCAACCAAGAGGUGAUCACAACACCACCACCAAAGCAUCAUCGAAUCAAUACAAAACUCCAUUAAACACUAAAAGAAUAUUCAUUUGGAAGAAAACCCAAAUCACAGUUUUUCCUUUCUUGCCUUUCAAAAGAACCCAAACCGAAUUUUGCCAUCCAAACGCGUCCACAUAACUAUCUGUAUAAAUCGAUGCAAGUUCUUGCCUCGAGUUCUCUUGGUAUCCUAAUCCCAAACGAGUACUACAAUGGGAAAAGAAGAUAAAAAAGAUACGGACCGCUCUUACCAUGAUUUCGAGCCCUUGACCGAUUGGGUCCGAGAGGAAGGACACGAUACCAUCUUCGUCAGUGUGCCAGGAUUCAAGAAAGAGCAACUGACAAUCGAACUCAAUGAAUUUCGCAAGAUGAAGAUCAGUGGGGAACGCCCAAUCCAGGGUAACAAUUGGAUUCGUUUCUCCUACGAAUUCACUGUGCCUGAUUACUGUAACUUGAGCAAGAUAUCAUCUGUAGAGUUCAAGAAUGGAAUUGUUUCCUUGAUCAUACCAAAAAUGACCACUCAAACGGGCGUACAAGAUCAACUUCCACAGAAAAAAGAAUCUAUGCUGGAUCAAAAAGGUGGACAUCCAAUCGAUAUACAAGAUCAAUCAAUGCUGAAAUCUGGGCCUUGUAUUCCAAUCGAUAUAGAAGAUCAACCUAUGCUAAAAACUGGGUAUGCAAUCGACAGACAAAAUCAACCUGUGCCGUUCAAAGAAUGUUGUAAGUAUUGUGAAGGUAGCUUCCCUACUGGAUUGAAUUGGAUUAGAGGAUUGAAUGUGAAUAUGGUAGUAACUACCAUGGUUGGGCUGGCACUUGGGAUUUAUGCAGUGUACUAUGUUAAAUGGCAAUAGAAAAUCGAGGAGUGAGCUUAGCUUAUCUUUUAUUUGAUUAUGUUGUUUCCUCAUUGCAUGUUUUUAUUAUUAUUAUAGCUGGGAUGCCUUUGAAGUCCUAAUGGGUUGUUUGGCACCAUGGAUUUGGAGGAGUUUGAGGGGAUUUUAAAUCUCCUAAUAUGUUUGGCACUAUAAAGU